AAUAUGGCUGCGGCCGGGGAGAGAGGCUGCGAGCACUACCAGCGUGGCUGCUUGCUGCGGGCGCCGUGCUGCGGGAAGCUGUACGCGUGCCGGCUGUGCCACGACGGCGCCGAGGAGCACCGGUUAGACCGCUUCCGUGUGGCCGAGGUGAAGUGCACCCGCUGCCGCCUCCUGCAGAAGGCCCAGCAGCGUUGCGAGGGCUGCGACAACCUCUUCGGCGAGUACUACUGCGGGAUCUGCCACCUCUUCGACAGCGACAAGAAGCAGUACCACUGCCCCGAGUGUGGCAUCUGCAGGAUCGGGCCAAAGGAGGAUUUUUUCCACUGCUCAAAGUGUAAUUUAUGCCUGAGCUUGAGCCUUCGAGGAAAGCACAAGUGCAUUGAAAAUGUCUCCAGGCAGGACUGUCCAAUAUGUUUGGAGGAUAUUCACACAUCUCGUGUUGGAGCACACGUGUUGCCUUGUGGUCACCUUCUGCACAGAACAUGUUAUGAGGACAUGCUGAGGGAAGGUUAUAGAUGUCCUUUGUGCAUGCACUCUGCUUUAGAUAUGACAAGGUACUGGCGCCAGCUGGAUGAUGAAGUAGCGCAUACUCCUAUGCCCACAGAGUAUCAGAACGUGAUGGUGGAGAUCCUUUGCAAUGACUGCAACGCCCGCUCUACAGUGCAGUUCCAUGUCCUAGGCAUGAAGUGCAAAAACUGUGAGUCGUACAAUACCACCCAGUAUGGAAGAUGCAGCCUUUCUUUGGAGGAGCAGUGACUAAGACAGGCUCUGGAAAAGAAACAUUCCACCUUGGAAGAGAUUAUUUAAAGAAAAAAAAUUAACAAUAAGCAAAUAACCUACUUGUCAGUAAAAUUUUAUUCCAAAUCAUCAUGGCACAAGUGAAGUGGUUACAAGAUUUAAUUCAUGCUGGUGCAAAGGAGUUCUGAUACCUGCACCCCCUCCCCGGUAUGUGAAGCACGGCGUGGGCAGGCCCUUGGGAAGCUCUCCACCAAGUGGUUAGUUUCUAGGGAAUGGCACCCUUCAAAAAGGCUGUUUGCUGCAUUGGGGACAGCCUGGAAGAAUAACUACCUGGGAGAAUGAGGAAGGACAAGCAGCUGACACAGCAGAUGAUGUUCUGGGGUGGCUGAAGGUUGUGAAUGUAACAGGAGGUGGAGGUACAGCUAUUCUGGUGUCAGCUGUUGGAGAAAAUGAACUUGUGAGAGUGGCCUUUUUACAUAAAGCUGACAUCCACAAAGUUUUAUGCCAGUACAUUUUGUUCCUUCUAAAUCAUGUGUUUUAGUGCCUGUGAGCAAGUGGCUGCUGAGGAUGAGCUGUCAGAAAUGGCAUCUUUGGGUGAUGAGUACCCUAAAGACCUAGCUGCAAGGCCACCCUUCUCCCACAAGCACCCAUUUCUUCCUCAUUUUGCUUUAUUCCCUUACAAAGGCUGAGGUGCUGUGAGGUUUAGGCAGUCACACAGUGUGAUGUUUUGAUGGUUCAGUAAACGAAAGUGAAGCACAUAUAUUUGUCUUGUUAGGACUGGCAUCGAGCUGAGCUUGAGACAUUUGCUAAAGCAGCAGCAGUUCAUAGGCACUUGAGCAGUGCAGGGACCAAUUUUUUGUGGUUUUGUUUUUUUGGGUUUUUAUUAUUUUUUUACAAUGGUAUCUGAUUUCAUUUGCAGGGAGAGGAUGGAGGAGUGCUUUUAGAAAACAAAACCCAACAAACCUUCUGACCUUUCCUCAUGUAAUAUCCUGCCCAAGGUGUUUUGCAGCCUAAAUGUUACAGCAAAUUCUUGGCUUCUGAGAACUUCAGAACAUGCAAAUAGUUUCCAAUAAUAAAAUAGAUUAAUCAAGUUACUCUUCAUGUAGCUACUUUUUCUAACCUAUAAACCAGCAGCUUUUCUUCUUCAGCUGAUGGUGCCCUUUUGUGUAUGAAAUAGGAGUGGUCUGGAGCUUGCCUUUCCUGGAGUCUCUCUUCUGAAGCACUUUUCUCUCUGCUGUAAAUCAAUGUAAACCAGCAUCUCUAUUAAAACAAGUCACGCCAUAG